AUGACCCGAUUAAAUUCCACGGCUUCUUUCCUGUAUCACAGUCGAACACUCACACUUUUCUCCUCUCCCCUGCGACCUCAAUUCAACCACAAAUUCACGCGCUCAUUCUCUACUCAAAACAGCUCUACCGAAUCCAACUCGCAGGUGAACAAGUCAUCAACCGAGAAUAACUCAACUCAGAAUGCCUCCGAAGAGCCAAUUGGCUCAAGCUCCACAAGCCCAGAUGCCCCAAAGCCGCGAAGAAGCUUUCUACAAAAACGCGCAGCGUCUAUUUCGUCCCGACGGCCUUCAACCCCAAGGCCAUUUUCACCGACAACAAACCCCAAUAAGAUAGCACCGAAGAUUACACCCCAAGAGAAAUUGGUAUUCGGAGGGCUGUUAGAACAGCUUGGGGUACAACACGAUGGGAUCAGUGCUAAAGUGGGCUCUGGGUCAAAGCCAUUGAGCCCGGAGAAGCAGGCUGAGAUCGCUGAGCUCAUGUCAGUGUUCGACUCGCUGCUACAAGAUCCUCAAAAGAAGAAAGCCGCUUUGAAGGCUUUGCGGCAGCAAAAGAACAACCCUAGAUCUACCCGAUCCCCCGAAAAGUCGGAAACCAAAGAGGAGACUUCCCAGGAGAAUAAAGGACCCCGACAAAUCAAGCUCAGCGAUUUGGGCUACCAUGAGGCCGCUACUGCCAGCGCAGCUGAGUUUACAAUCAGUGUGAGCAAGGCCAUCGAGAUGGUCAUCGAGAGGGAAUCAGAACACAUUGAGUUUGCACUUUUCCAAGCCGUUGAGCAGGGCAAAGGCGACAUGGGUGUGUGGGAAGUAUGCAAGGAGCGCGUCUUCUCCAUGCUGCACCAUCUCGAUGAGAAAACAUUCGCAGAAGCCUCGGAUGUCAACCUGAGUGCGAGCGAUCAAUCCAAAACACCCUCUACUUCCCCAUCAGGACCCCUCCGAAUCCCAUCUGUGGUCCCUGCCUCCCCUGUCGUGGCGGGUCUAUAUCCGAAAGCCCUCCUCAUAGCUUUCCGUAUUCUAAACACGCAUUUCCCCAAAUCCCCACUCAUCAGUCAAUUCCACUCAACCAUCAAAGAACACGGACGCAUCUCUGCUCUCUUGGGUGCUUCAUCGGGCUUGUACGACGAAUUGAUGUUCUACCAUUGGCGUGGAUGCAAAGAUCUUCCUGCGGUGAUCUCGAUCUUGCGCGAGAUGAACCAACUUGGUGUCAGCCCGAGCAGCAAGUCCCGUGGUCUGCUGACGUCUCUCAUCAUUCGACAAGGCCGAGACUUGGAAGCUCACAAAAAGUCUCCAGACGGAAAAGAGUUCUUCUGGGACUUACCAUCUAACAAGGAGGCGUUUGAUGAGCUUACUCGUACAGAUGGAUGGAUGGAUAAGAUCGAGGCGCGUGCAGCCCAAGAGGCCUGGCAACGUGAGCUUCAUCGCAAUUUUGAAACUUGA